AUGGUCCUCCUUAAGAGCUUCGUGCUCGCCGGCCUGACAGCCGCCGUAGCUGCCAAGUCCGCGGUCCUCGACCUCAUCCCAGACAACUUCGACAGCGUCGUCCUGAAGUCGGGCAAGCCCACGCUUGUCGAGUUCUUCGCCCCAUGGUGCGGCCACUGCAAGAACCUCGCCCCCGUUUACGAGGAUCUCGCGAGCGCAUUCGCAUCCUCCAAGGAUGUCCAGAUCGCAAAGGUCGAUGCCGAUGCCGAGAAGGAACUUGGCCGUAGAUUCGGUGUUCAAGGAUUCCCUACCCUCAAGUUCUUCGAUGGCAAGAGCGACACCCCCACCGACUACAGCAGCGGACGGGAUCUGGAGAGUCUGACCAACUUCAUCACCGAGAAGACCGGUGUCAAGCCCAAGAGGAAGUUGGAGAAGCCUUCGGCUGUGACUUACCUGACGGAUCAGACCUUUGACAAGGAGAUUGGUGGUGACAAGAACGUUCUGGUUGCAUUCACUGCGCCUUGGUGUGGGCACUGCAAGAACCUUGCCCCUGUCUGGGAGCAGGUCGCCGAGGACUACGAGAACGAGCCCAACGUCCUGGUCGCCAAGGUCGACGCUGAGGGUGAGAACAGCAAGGCGACCGCCAAGGCCCAGGGCGUGACCAAGGAGGCCGAGCUCUACAGCGGCGGCCGCACCGAACUUGACUUCACCACAUUCCUGAACGAGAAGGCCGGCACGCACCGUGCUGUCGGCGGCGGUCUGGACCGCUAUGCGGGCACGAUCGAGGUCCUCAACGCGGUGGUCGACAAGUUCACGGGUGGUACGAGCAUCCUGGCCGACUCCCUCGCGGAGGCCCAGAAGCAGGCCGAGGAGCUCAAGGAGCAGGCCCAGUACAAGUACGCCGAGUACUAUGUCCGCGUGUUCGACAAGUUGAAGAGCAACGACGGCUACGCGGCGAAGGAGCUCGCGCGUCUGGAUGGAAUCCUGAAGAAGGGUGGCCUGGCGCCCACGAAGCUUGACGAGCUUACGAGCAAGACCAACAUCCUGCGCCGCUUCGUCGAGGAGAAGAUUGAGCAGGUCAAGGAUGAGUUGUAA